GGAAUCUCACAAAAAGAAGGCAUUUAUGGCAGAGGAGCAAGCAGGAGGAGAGGAAGAAGAAGAAGAAGAAGCAGAAGAAGAAGUGGAAGACGCCCCAUCAGUCCGCCACCAGUACCACCGCUUACGCCACCCUUCUCCAUGGCUCCGUAAUCCCACAACCCUAAACCACACACCAGAAAUUCUAUACAAACACCUUUAUACAAUUUCUGUAAAAAUCAAAUUCGGAGAAUGGGAAGGGGGUCCUCUAUUUUCUCUAAGAGCUCCAGGCGUCGCCUGAAGAAGAAGUCGGGGCCUCCGUCUCCACCUGUGCUGACCCCUCCUCCUCCUCCACCGUUGAGGGCAGUAUCAUCGCCGCAGCAAUUGACUGAUGGGAGUAAUAAUAAUAAUAAUAAUAACAAUAAUAGUUUAAUUGCGGGGACCGGGGCGAAGACGAAGAAGAAGGCCGUAGGGGCGAGGCUGUGGAUGAGGUUUGAUAGGUUUGGGAUUUCGGAGCUGAUGGAAUGUGACAAAAGCACAAUCAUUAAGCGUGUGGCAAUACCUGCUAGGGAUUUGAGGAUUCUUGGCCCUGUCUUUUCCCAUUCGUCCAAUAUUCUUGCCAGGGAGAAAGCCAUGGUUGUUAAUCUAGAGUUUAUAAGGGCCAUAGUUACAGCUGAAGAAGUCCUGAUUCUGGAUCCUCUAUGCCAAGAGGUUCUUCCAUUUGUGGAUCAGCUCAGGCAACAAAUUCCUCUUAAAAGGUCAGUUAAUACCCAGGAAGCAGGUCACACUGAUACCCAAGAUAAUGAAGUGCAUUCAACAGAAGCCGCUGAAGGUUUGCAGUGUGAGCUUCCAUUUGAGUUUCAGGUUCUAGAAAUCGCUUUAGAAGUUGUCUGCACAUAUUUGGACUCCAAUGUGGCAGACCUAGAGCGAGAUGCUUAUCCUGUUCUGGAUGAACUAGCCAGGAAUGUUAGCACCAAGAAUCUUGAACACGUUCGAAGUUUGAAAAGCAAUCUCACACGUCUUCUUGCACGUGUGCAAAAGGUGAGGGAUGAAAUUGAACAUCUAUUAGAUGAUAAUGAAGAUAUGGCAGAUUUAUAUUUGACGAGGAAGUGGGUCCAGAAUCAGCAAUCUGAGGCUUUAUUGGGAACUGCAGCUUCAAAUAGCAUUAUCACUUUUGCCCCUCCUCUCCGCCGACUUAGUUCUAGUCACAGUGCAAGUUUGGUGACUGGCAGCAUUUUGGGUGAAAAUGAUGUGGAGGACUUGGAGAUGUUGCUUGAAGCAUAUUUUAUGCAGUUGGAUGGAACACGUAAUAAGAUCUUGUCUGUUCGUGAAUAUAUUGAUGACACAGAAGACUAUGUCAACAUCCAACUUGACCAGCAGCGAAAUGAGCUCAUUCAACUUCAGCUUACAUUAACUAUUGCAUCAUUUGCAAUAACAAUGGAUACCUUAGUAGCAUCGUUCUUUGGCAUGAAUAUCCCCUGUCGAUUGUAUGAAAUACAAGGGAUAUUUGGGUACUUUGUUGGGGCUACUUCUGCAGCAUGUUUCUUACUUUUCCUGCUGGUUCUAGGAUAUGCUAGAUGGAAGAAAUUGCUUGGUUCAUAAGUCCAGCUCAUUUUCAACAAUAUCAUGCGCCACAUAUUUGGGAUUCAUACAAGAAUUUGCUUAUUAGUGCUGGCAAAUGAUAAAAUCUUCUGAAGUGUAUACUUAGGAGAUGGUGCCUCCAAGCUGUAUCAAAUGCUCUCUCUCUCUCUCUCUCUCUCUCUCUCUUGAUGAAAUGCAUUGAAAAAUCAAAAAUAGGAUUUCAGGAAAGUGAAACCUGUAGAUUUUUGUUUUCAAUUUGUUUCUCAUAUGAUACUCAACAUUAAUGCUGUGAUUAAUAAAUAUACCAUCUCAUGUUGAAAUUUC